AUGCCUCAGUACAAGGAAGGAGACAAGGUCAACUACAAACCCGUCGGAGGCCCAAAUUCCAGGACCAGCUCAAGUGUCGGAGUCAUCCGGGAAACCAUGGCUGGAGGCGGCCGUAGCGCAUCUGACGACGAGCAACGCUACAAAAUCGAGAACUUGCAUACUCACAAGAGCUCGAACAUCAAGGAAAGCAACAUUGAGGGACCUGCGGAGUAA